AUGGCAGACAGGAGACGACAAGAGAUCGACGAAAAGCGGGCCAAAUUAGCUGAGCUGCGUCGCGCAAGAGACGAGCGGAAAGCUCUGCUCGCCCAGGCGGAAUCUGCGCCCGGACCUUCUCAGUCCACCCCUCUGACUACAUCCCGCAAAGACGUGAACGACCUCGUCGACUCUCUCCUCCAACGCCCCGCAUCGCCCUACGCAUCGACUCCAGGCCGGUCCACACCCCUUCAAUUCCCUAAUCCCGCUCGUGCGUCCAGCUCGCUCGGCCAGGCCGUCAAUGGUGUCUCUACACCACCCGGAAGUGUUCCGCCCACACCGAGCGGGAGGAUCAGUCGACUCAGUAACGGGAGUGGGGGACAGGGGAGGGAGAGAUUGGAUUCUGGUUUAGCUAAUCCUGCUGAUGUGAUACGGGAAAGAGCGGCGUCUCCGUUAUCAUCUGGAGUGGACUAUGUGGAUCAUUCGGCUGAGCUGUACGAACUGCCUACAAAGGCAAAACCGGCGCCAGUACUAUACUCAAAGUCGACGCAGACGGCCAGUAUGUCGACAGGCACAUCGACCUCAGAUAUCGAGUCGGAUGGAGAAGAUGGGCGAGCAGGAGAUGGUGCACGUCGGGAAAGACGAGACGGAGGGAGCGGGCGGGAAACGGAGGAUGAGAUGCGGCGGAGGAUAUUGGAGGAGAUAGAGAAGGAACGGGGGGAGGUAGAAAAAGAGAUUAAGGAGUUGAAGGAGAGAGAAGAGAAGCUGGGAGAUCUUACAUCUGAGCAGAAGCAGGCGAUUUUCACUGCUCCAGACUUUUCAGCAUUCAUUGAGGCGUCUACGAGAAUAGCGCAAAGGGCGUUGAGUGAUGGUUAUGACUAUGUCAAGGACUACACAAUAGGCUUGGAUGGGGCGUUUGAUGACGCCGACGGGCAGAAAGUCAAACUAGUCUGCACCUUUUCGGACGAGCGGUGGACGGCUGGGAGAUCAGUCACAGGUCUGGACUGGUCUUCGAAGUUCCCAGAGCUGCUUGCCGCAUCAUACAACAAAAAUCCAGCAGCACCGAACGAUCCAGACGGGAUCGUAGCUAUAUGGAAUUUGCAUCUUCUGGAAAGACCAGAAUUUAUCUUUCACUCACCGUCGGAUAUCCUCUCCAUCUCGUUCUCCCCAUUCCACCCCACUCUCGUCUUUGGCGGCUCUUAUUCCGGCCAGGUACUCCUCUGGGACACUCGCGCCAAGCACCUCCCCGUCCUCAAGACCCCAUUAUCUGCCUCGGGACAUACGUACCCAAUCUACUCGAUGAAGAUGGUCGGUACGCAGAACGCCAACAGCUUGGUAUCGGCAAGUACGGAUGGUCUGGUGUGCAGCUGGCUGGCGGACAUGCUGGCGCAGCCCCAGGAAGCCUUACCCCUGACCGUACCAAAUCACAGCAAGACGGACGAGGUCUCCAUCACCGCCCUAGACUUCCCGCACUCCGAAACCAGCACCUUUUGGGUCGGGACCGAAGAAGGCUCGAUAUACCAAGCAAACCGAUACGACCAGCCCUCGCGCAAAGCCGGGAUCUCCACCUCCGCAGGGGAUAUCUACCGGGGCCACGCGGGACCUGUGACGGGCCUGCACUUCCACCCCUCGACGGGCAGUAUCGACUUUGGAGACCUCUUCCUCACGUCCUCGGUCGACUGGAGCGUCAAGCUCUGGCGGGCCGGGGCGGGCGGGAAGGGCGCGGCUCAGAAAGCAGCCUCGCAGCCCGCGGCUCCGGCAUACAGUAGGUCGGCGAGCGAACGGGUCGUCAGUACGUCGAAAGAAGCCGCGGUCGGGCAGCAGUCAUUGCAUUCCUUCGAAUCGGCGGAUGACUAUGUCUUUGAUGUCAAGUGGCACCCGCACCACCCGGCCAUGUUCGGCGCGGUAGAUGGGUCGGGCAAGUUCGAUUUGUGGAAUCUGAACCAGGAUACAGAGGUCCCACACAUCUCCACUACGGUCUCCCCUCGUGCGCUCAACAAACUCGCGUGGGACCGGACACCAUUAUCUCGAAAAGCAGCAGUUGGCGGAGCGGAUGGCAAGGUCUACGUGUACGAGUUGGCGGAGAAGCUGGUGCAGCCGCGGGAUAGCGAGUGGGUGGAUAUGCAGCGGCAAAGGUCAGCUAGGGGCAUAGAGCCAGCUAUAGGCCAAAGGGAUGGGGCAAAUCCCCUGCUGUAG